AAAAAACACCACACACAAACACACAUUCCACACACACACAAAACCCUCACCGAUCAAAAAUGUCAGGGGAGACGAAAUUCAGCGUGAUGUGCAGCCUAUUCAACUGGAUCCAGAAAUCAAAAUCUUCAAAGCAAAAGCGAUCAAAGUUCCGGAAGUUUCUGGACACCUACUGUAAACCCUCGGAUUACUUCGCCGCUGUCAGACUGAUCCUCCCGAACCUCGACAGAGAACGAGGAUCCUACGGCUUGAAGGAGUCCGUGCUCGCCACUUGCAUUAUCGAUGCUCUCGGUAUGUCCAGAGAGUCUGCGGAUGCUGUUCGACUCAUUAAUUGGCGUAAAGGCGGGGCGAAAACCGGUGUUAAUGUUGGCAAUUUCUCACUUGUUGCUUCUGAGGUUUUACAGAGGAGGCAGGGCAUGAUGUCUGGUGGACUAACAAUUAAAGAGCUAAAUGACUUGCUUGAUCGAUUAGCAUCUAAUGAAAAUAGAGCAGAGAAGACUUCUGUUCUUUCUGAUCUGAUCAAGAAAACAAACGCACAAGAAAUGAAGUGGAUCGUUAUGAUUAUCCUCAAAGAUCUCAAGUUGGGAAUUAGUGAAAAAAGCAUCUUCCAUGAAUUUCACCCGGACGCUGAGGACUUGUUCAAUGUCACAUGUGACCUAAAACUAGUUUGUGAAAGGUUGAGGGACCCACAUCAACGGCACAAGCGUCAGGAUAUAGAGGUUGGAAAAGCUGUACGCCCUCAGCUGGCUUUGAGGGUUGCUAAUGCAGCUAGUGCAUGGAAAAAGCUUCAUGGGAAGGAAGUUGUCAUGGAGUGCAAAUUCGAUGGUGAUCGCAUCCAAAUUCAUAAGAAUGGCCAAGAGAUACACUUCUUUUCAAGGAAUUUUAUUGAUCACUCAGAAUAUACUCACGGGAUGUCAAAUGUAAUUAUGGAAAAUGUUCUUGUUGACAGGUGUAUACUUGAUGGUGAAAUGUUAGUUUGGGACACAUCAACUGACCGCUUUGCUGAAUUUGGUUCAAAUCAAGAAAUAGCCAAGGCAGCAAAGGAGGGACUUGCUAGUGAGCGACAGUUAUGCUAUGUUGCAUUUGAUAUUCUAUAUGUUGGAGACACUAGUGUUAUCCAUCAAAGUUUAAAGGAAAGACAUGAGCUACUAAAAAAGGUUGUGAAGCCAGUCAAAGGUCGUCUUGAGAUCUUGGUUCCUGAUGGGGGUCUUAAUGCUCAUACAACUGCCGGGGAACCGUGUUGGUCACGUGUUGCUCGUAAUGUGGAUGACGUUGAUACAUUUUUCAAGCGAACCAUUGAGAACAGAGAUGAAGGAAUUGUUUUGAAAGACCUCGAGUCUAAAUGGGAACCUAGUGAUCGGAGUGGCAAGUGGUUAAAGUUGAAACCUGACUAUGUUAGAGCUGGAUCUGAUUUGGAUGUUCUCAUUAUAGGGGGAUAUUAUGGAUCUGGUCGCCGUGGUGGACAGGUUGCUCAAUUUUUGGUGGGCCUAGCAGAGCGCCCAGCCCCAAAUACAUAUCCUAGGCGGUUCGUUUCCUUUUGCAGAGUGGGUACUGGGCUCUCCGAUGAGGAGCUUGAUGCUGUUGUAAAUAAAUUAAAGCCUUAUUUCAGGAAAUACGAAUACCCGAAGAAGGGUCCUCCUAGCUAUUAUAAGGUCACAAAUAGCUCCAAAGAGAGGCCAGAUGUCUGGAUCGACAGUCCCGAGAAAUCAAUAAUACUUUCUAUCACCAGUGACAUCCGUACAAUCCGGUCUGAGGUUUUUGCUGCUCCAUACAGCUUGAGAUUUCCUCGUAUAGACAAAGUGAGAGAUGAUAAACCUUGGCACGAAUGCCUUGAUGUGGAAUCUUUUGUAGAAUUGGUGCAUUCUAGUAACCACACAACACAAUGGGGAGAAACUCAACAUGAAAAUAAAUCAAAAAGAUCAAAAUCAUCAAGGACCGCAGAUAAGAAGAGUGGCUCUUUGGUUCCUUUUCAUCUUCUUCAGACUGAUGUUUCUCAUAUUAAGGGAGAAACCAAAAUAUUCUCGAAUAUGAUGUUUUACUUUGCAAAUGUACCUUCCACACAUUCCUUGGAUUCAUUGCACAAAAUGGUGGCUGAAAACGGUGGUACUUUUUCAAUGAAUUUGAAUAAUGCGGUUACUCACUGUAUUGCGGCAGAAAGUAGAGGGAUCAAGUUUCAAGCUGCAAAACGUCAUGGUGACGUUAUCCAUUACUCAUGGCUGAUUGAUUGUUGUUCACAGAAGAAACUUGUUCCGUUACAACCAAAGUAUUUCCUUGUGCUUUCCGAGUCAUCAAAGAAGAAAUUACAGGAAGAGAUUGAUGAAUAUUCAGAUUCUUACUUUCUGGAUAUUGAUAUCAAAGAUUUGGAACAGCUUUUGGCUAACAUAAAUAGGUCUGAGGAAUCUAAAACCAUUGACUAUUAUAAAAAGAAAUACUGUCCUCUGGAUAAAUGGUCACGUUUCAGCGGGUGCUGCAUGUACUUCUACAUCCCAGCAAACUGUCCGAGUUUGGAUUGGGAAGCUUUACUUCAAGUUACCAUGAAGAGGAUGAAGCUUGAGGUUUGCUUUAAUGGUGGCAAGGUCACCAACUGUAUAUCUAAUGCUACUCAUUUCGUAGUCAUGUCUUUGCCAGGAUUUAAUGUGGACUUUAAUACUAUACUAAAAAGUUUCUCACCCUCUGAGAGGCGCUUUAUAAGGAACACGAGUUUACAUCUGGUCAACUGUCAGUGGCUAGAAGACUGUUUUGAGAAGGACCAGAUACUGCAGGAAGAAGAAUACAGUUUGAGGCCCUCUGAUUUAUCCGAAUCAACUUUAUCUGACGAGCAUGCACUUGAGACGGAAACAUUGACUAGCUUGAAGGAAGAAGAUAAAAACGAGAAGAAAAAAACAGUAAAUGUAGAAGUACCAUCUUUGGAUAAUGAUGGCAGAAAGAGAAAAGGGAGACAGCCUAAAGCGAGAGUAAAUACUAGACGGAAAACGGGUCCCACCCAGCCUCGAAGAACGAGGGCAAGAUCUGGAAACAAGGCUGUGAAAAUACAUGAAUAUGUAUCGGACGAAGAUGAGGAGGCUUCUGCAGAUGAAAGUUAUGUGAAACUUGAUGACGAAGAAAAGCAUCACGAAUUAAUGCAAGAUGAUACCAUUGUAGAAGAUACAGAGCCAUUAGAAAAAGGCAUUAAUGAUACGCAGAUAACAACAGAAUAUGUUGACAAUAGGGAUGGUGAUGGUGAUGAUGAUAAGAAUAAUUAUAAUAACAGAGAGAGUGAUAAACUGGAGAUCAUGGUUGACCCGGUUCAGGCCAUGUUGCUAGACAUGAUCCCCAGUUUGGAACCCAGGAAUAAGGAAACACCCGUCUCUGACCCGCCUGCUACGAAGAUGGAAACCCCUAGUUUAGACCCUAAUCCGAAUCAUGGUCCUGAUCCUGGUCCAGGGCCUUCAAAGAAGAAGAAAGUCAGUUACAGGGAUUUGGCUAUGGAUUGGCUCAAGGACUAAUACUGUAGUUCAAUCACUUGUGUUUUUCUGUCACUAUGUAAUCUGUAAAUUGUAAAAGCAUUUGUAGUUUUAAAUUUAUCUUCACGUAAUCUUUAAUUUCGCUGGAUCGUGAUUUUGUGUUUUGUACAUAUAAUAAUAAUUGUGUGUGGUAAU